UCCUUAGCUCAAAUUAGCAAGUUGUGUUCGGUGCGUUCAUUUUCCUCCCUUCGCCUCUCUGCUCUGCUCCUCCAGCCUCUCAUUCCUUCCACCUUAAAGCUCAUUCCUGGAGGUGAAAGAUUUUCCUCCAGUUUGGGAUCAUAAGACGGCAAUGGAAGUGACAAAGGACUGGAAUGGGAUAGAUCAAGUCGUUCUUCGGAACCCGCAAGGCGCUUCAGUAAGGGUUAGCCUGUAUGGAGGUCAAGUCACUUCGUGGCGAAGUGACAGAGGUGAAGAACUCUUGUUCACAAGUAGCAAGGCCAUCUUUAAGCCACCAAAAGCAAUGCGAGGAGGAAUUGCUAUAUGUUUCCCACAGUUUGGAAACUGCGGCUCACUUGAGCAACAUGGAUUUGCAAGAAACAAAACCUGGGCCAUUGAUGAGAAUCCACCACCUUCAAGCCCAGAAGAUUCUCAUGACAAAUCCUUUGUUGAUUUGCUACUUAAACCAUCUGAAGAAGAUCUGAAAUGCUGGCCCCACAGUUUUGAGUUCCGUCUUAGGGUUGCUCUUGCAGCAGAUGGGAAAUUGAAGUUGAUUUCACGUGUUAGGAACAUUGAUGGAAAGCCAUUCAGUUUCUCAUUUGCUUAUCAUACAUACUUGUUUGUAUCUGACAUAAGUGAAGUGAGGAUUGAAGGGUUGGAAAUACUUGACUAUCUAGACAACACUCGCCAAAGAGAACGUUUCACUGAGCAAGGAGACGCUAUAACUUUUGAAUCUGAGGUGGAUCGAGUUUAUCUCCACUCUCCAAACGCUGUUGCAGUUCUUGAUCAUGAAAGGAAGAGAACAUUUGUGAUAAGGAAGGAAGGGCUGCCAGAUGUCGUGGUUUGGAAUCCAUGGGAAAAGAAAGCAAAGGCAAUGAUAGAUUUUGGAGACGAAGAGUACAAACAAAUGCUGUGCGUUGAUGCAGCUGUUAUAGAGAAACCUGUCACUCUGAAGCCCGGUGAGGAAUGGACCGGGUCUGUGGAGCUCAGGCUGGUGCCGUCAACUUUCUGUUGUGAAGGCAUCGAGGAUCUCAGCGACUUCCUCUGAGAAGAAGAAGAAGCGAGACGGGGGGGGUGUAUGAGUGCAUGUAUGUAAGUAGUAGUGGUAUGUAAUUGGGCGUAUUUAAGUACAGCUUUGUGAGUCUAAUCGUGGUAAAUAAUGUAAUGGAGUAUAAAACUUCGUAUCCACCCGGCGGCCGGCUGGGUGUUUACCGGUUGCCGGAGAAGAAUAGUUGGCUUUUAAGAAUUAAUAAUGGUCCA